CACGCGCGGUGGGGCGCCCCGCAGGGCUGGAGCUAUGAAGAGACACGUGGUGUUGACGGGGCCGCCAGGUGUUGGAAAAACCACUUUGAUCCACAAGGCUAUGGAUGUGCUGAAAUCUUCUGGGAUUUCUAUUGAUGGAUUUUACACAGAGGAAGUCAGACAAAGUGGACGAAGAGUGGGAUUCGAUGUUGUUACUUUGUCUGGUAAGCGAGGAACUUUGUCCAGAACUAGUAAUGAUUCAGGUGGUGUGAACAGAGCUCGACGUGAAUACAGAGUCGGUCAGUAUGUAGUGGAUCUUCCAUCGUUUGAACUCCUGGCUUUGCCACUUCUCAGAAAUAUUGAUGCUGGAGAUAGUACUGGGAAUAAGGUAUAUGUGAUCGAUGAGAUUGGGAAAAUGGAGCUCUUUAGCCAACCCUUCAUCCAGGCAAUACGUCAAAUCCUCGAUGGAGCAGGUUCAACAAUACUCGGGACCAUUCCUGUGCCUAGAGGAAAACCCCUAGGACUUGUAGAAGAAAUCAGAACCAGAAGUGAUGUAAGAAUGUUUAAUAUUACAAAGGAGAAUAGAAACAGUAUUGUACAAGAAAUUAUCUCUGCAGUGCAAGAGUGCAGAAAGUAAAUGGAAACUAACUGGAUCAUCGUGAAGGAUCUGGCAUUUGGCUUUCAUUGUUGAUAAUUACAGGAAAGAUAUGCUUCUAUAAACUGCAACUCUGGGUUUUAUCUUUGCAUUUUUUUGUGGUUUACAUUUGUGGAUUAUUUUUCUUUGCUUCAGUACAACUGUACUGUAUUAUGUAACACAUAAACAUACUUCAAUUU